CAAACCAGAGGGAUUUGAGGAUGCUGCAAACAAACUGCAUGUAUGAGGAUUGUGGUGAUGAAGCCUCCGACUAGGUUCUUACCAUAGUUUUGCGAGGAUUUUGCAAACAUAUUGUACGUUGAACUAACAAUCUUCACACCUGUAUUAGAAUAGAGCUAGAUUUUGUUAGGACGCCUGGUUUGUCCGUGGGACCAGAGAGUUUGAAAGCAAGGACAGGCUACACGUUGUCCGAAAGGUGACACCACUAGUUGCAGACUCGUUCUCUUCCACGUACCGACUGGUUCCUGUCACAACUUAAGCAGAGAUCGGAUGUGGCAAGCCAACUGCAGACGAAUGCAUAACAUAGCAGAAUGGAUCUCAGGAUCUGUCAUGGGUGGGUGUGUUGGACGGAACCGCAUGGAUGGACAAGGGGGGACGGCUCAAAACACUGCAAGGACCAGAAAACGUGGAGGACGGAACGAGCCCCUGAAGAAGGAGAGCCCCAAGUGGAAGAGCGAGUAUCCCAUGACGGAGGGCCAGCUGAGAAGCAAGAGAGAUGAAUUUUGGGAUACGUCCCCGGCGUUCGACGGUCGGAAAGAGAUCUGGGACGCGCUGCGAGCUGCAGCGCUGGCGGUCGAGGUCAACGACCUGGAGCUGGCCCAGGCCAUCGUAGACGGAGCCUGCAUCACGCUGCCGCACGGCUCACUGACGGAGAGCUACGACGAGCUGGGCAACCGCUACCAGCUCCCAGCCUACACCCUGGCCCCGCCCCUCAACCUCAUCAAGGAAUGCACCAAUGAGAGCGAGGCCUCAGAUAAGCCUGAGAAGCAAGUCCCUCCUCCUCCUGCCAAACAGGAGUUCCAGCUGAAGGUCCGCCUGUCCUCAGGUAAGGACCUGCGUCUGACGGCCACCAUGGCCGACUCCAUCUCCCAGCUGAAGAAGCAACUGGAGGUCCAAGAGGACAUUGACGCCACCCACCAGAGGUGGUUCUUCUCUGGGAAGCUGCUCACAGACAAGACCCGGCUCCAAGACACGAAGAUCCAGAAGGACUUCAUCGUCCAAGUCAUCGUCAACCCCAACCCUCCAGUCAUCGCUACCUAGGGAAGGAGGAAGAGGAGAGAGGAAGAGAGAAGGAGUGGGAGGGAGGGAGAAUGGGGAGAGG